AUGCGGCUCCUCAUCGUCCUCCUUCUUCUCGUGGCUACUGUGAUCUCCUCCGAGGCAGCCGUUGUAUCUUUCGAUUCAUCUGAGCCAUCGGAGGUGGUUGGAAGAGGAUCGUGGCACAGUUGACUUGGAACUUUCAGAAGCUUCCCGCUAAGCGCUCGAGUGUGCUGUUCAACGAUGUUCCUGGACAAAUUAAACCGGACGGGGCGACCGGGAAACCGAAAUUCGUGAAGAUAGCUAAAGGAUAA